CAUUCUACAACAUUAAUGUCUCUGAUAGUAUACCUGCUAUUAAAUCUAAGCAACAACAACGUCAGGUCUCUUUCUCGUGGAGUUGUCAACAUGGCGGCCGUCCUCUCGCACCAAGGAAAGUUACUGCAAUCUAUACUUCCAAAAAGCAGCUUCCUGAGAGCGCUUUCAUCACAAAGAAGAAUCGAUGAUGUUGUGAUUGUUAGUGCCAAGAGAACUCCCAUUGGGUCAUUCAGAAGUGCCUUGGCAACAAUUCCUGCUCCAAAACUGGGUUCAGUUGCAAUUAAAGCUGCAAUUGAAAAUGCAGGAUUACAACCAAGUGAUGUUGGUGAAGUCUACAUGGGUAAUGUUCUAUCUGCAAUGUCUGGCCAAGCACCAGCACGGCAAGCUGCAAUUGGUGCUGGAAUCCCAACGACAACUCCUUGCACAACGAUAAACAAGGUAUGUGCCUCUGGCAUGAAGGCGAUAAUGAUGGCAUCUCAAGCAAUCGCAACAGGCUGCCAGGAUAUCAUGGUAGCUGGUGGCAUGGAAAGUAUGUCAAAUGUCCCAAAUUACGUCAGCAGAGAGACACCAGCGUAUGGUGGAUUUAGAGUCGAGGACGGCAUCCUUUAUGAUGGCCUCACUGAUGUAUACAACAAAUUUCAUAUGGGUGUGUGCGGAGAGAAUACAGCAUCAAUGAAGGGGAUAUCAAGAGAGCAACAAGACGAAUUUGCAAUUAGUUCAUAUACUAGAAGUGCUAAUGCAUGGAAGAAUGGUCGUAUCGCCGAUGAAAUAGUUCCAGUCAGCGUGCCACAAAAGAAGGGUAAACCAGACACGAUUUUCGCUGAGGAUGAAGAGUACAAAAAAGCGAAUUUUGAUAAAUUUUCUGGCCUAAGAGCUGUCUUCAAGAAGGAUGGUACAAUAACGGCCGCCAACGCAAGCACGCUGAACGAUGGAGCUGCGGCUCUUGUUUUGAUGGCAGCCGAAACUGCUUCCCAAAUGAACUUGAAGCCUCUUGCAAAAGUUGUUGCAAUCGGAGACGCAGCCAUGGAUCCUAUCGAUUUUCCAAUUGCACCGACAGAUGCCAUGAUAAAGGUUUUGAAGCUUGCUGGCCUACGGGCAGAUGAAAUCGAUAUGAUUGAAAUUAACGAGGCUUUCAGUGUAGUCGUUUUAGCAAAUAUAAUGAAUCUCAACUUGGACCCCGCGAAAGUUAAUAUGGAUGGUGGGGCAGUCUCACUCGGCCAUCCUAUCGGGAUGUCGGGAGCUCGAAUCAUUGGUCACAUGGUACAUCAGCUAGAGAGCGGAAAAUAUGGAUUAGCAAGCAUUUGCAACGGGGGCGGAGGAGCAUCUGCGAUGAUUAUCCAGAAAUUGUAGUCCUAAUUAUUUUAGUCAGACGAAUGGCUUGCGGGGUGAAAUGUGAGUUUUCUGUUUGGUAGAGUUAUUUAUUGAAGUUGCUAAGAAACACAGAGAUGAAGUCAAACAUGUUUGAUAUGUGUGAAAACUCUUUGAUCCAACAAAGAACAUUUUUGUGCAAGAAUUACUGGUAAUUAAUCUAACGGCUUCGUUUUUGUAAUUUGUGGUCCAUUUGAUUGUUACUCUUGAAUUUCAUACAUUCUUUCAAAUCCAACCCUUCCUGAAGAUAUAGGAUUUUGUUUCAACAAUUAAGGCCUAUCAAAAGAUACAUUUUCAUUCACAGGUGUAUAAGGGGAGGGGGCUGGGGGUGAUGCAGCCCCUUGGAUUCGUCAAAAUUUACAGACAAUGCGACAAAGGAUACCCCGUACCUUCACUCCUUUGUCGCUCGUAUUCCCAUAUCCUCAAUGAUAGCCCUUAAG